GCCUGUGGUUUGUGUCGUCGUGCGAAAAAUGUGUAUCCUCGUCGAAACAUUCUUAUAGAAGGUUCUUCGCUGCGCAAUGCAUACUUCUAUCCUCCACAAUUUUUAGAUCCAUCUUUUUGGUCAUCCGGGACAAGGUUAUUGGUUUGCUGAGUCCUAAGGUCCCCUUGCUGUUUAAUUAGAACCUGGAGAACUAGACAACUUGUUUUGAAUUUGUCAAGAAAAUGGCGGCGGACGUAGAUGCGAAAGGUCACAGUGAUAAAGCGAAGCCUUGUUUUCUCUAUCAAGUUGUAGCUGUUUUCAGAGAUAAGUGGAACACCGUUCUCACAAGAGUUAGCACCAUAUUAACGAAAAUAUAUGUAAUGCUAGCCCCAUUACUGAAUUUUCUUAUAGCUAUUUACACAUCCAUAGUUUGGGUGUUUACAACACUGCGUAAUUCAUGGAACACUCUAGUUCGCGCAAUACGGGCAGUAAUCUACUUCGAUUAUAAAGCAUUUUUCGUGGUAUAUCUCCGGAAACCUAUAGAGUACUACGAUUUCUUUAAAGCUGAAUUACACCAAAGGCUACGGGUUCCCGUGGAAAAUCAAAUCUCCGAACUGAAAAACCAGGUCAAUAUUCAGCUAAGAGAAAUAAGAAUUUAUGCAAGAGGAUUUUGCGAACUUUGCCGUCGAUUGUUUUUACUGCUGUGCGAUCUUGUGCCAGGGGGGCGAGUUACAGUGACUGCGUCCCUUGUAGUUCUUGCCCUGCUUACAGCUUACCAUCUGUAUUAUUACUCAAAGCUUGUGUUACAGCUGCUGGACAUUUUGAUGUCCAUUGUUUGGUUUGUGAUGAGUCCGGUCAUACUCACAUUAAAAGAUCUAUGGUCUGUCGUCUACAAGAUCCUAGCUGUGCUAGGGACACUACUUGUCAAUUUCAUGUCAAUCAUUCUGCGAUUCCUGACAGCUGGUAUCGGAUACCUUCUGAGAAUUGUGGGGACAUUAUUGUCUUUCCUAAUAAGGUCAAUUAUGUGGUUCUUGGAACUGAAGUAUGUGCAGCUGGUCUGGAGAUCAGUACUGAGAUCAACUGUCAAGUUUCUAGAACUUCUGGUUGUCGUGGUCAUACCAUUUGUCACUCUUUUAUUAGUUGAUGUGAGUGCCUUUUUGGCUAAUGUUUCUCUUUACUUCUAUGAUAAGUUUGCAUCUGUCAGUGUACUGGAAACUCAUAGCAUUGCAGAUCCACUCAGUAACUCUAGGGUGUGUGCAAUGUGUUUGACACUUUAUUGCGUACUGUGGGCAUACAGAUGGAGAAACAAGUUCCCAAAUGCUUACUGCAAUGACCUGGAUGCAUAUGACAAUGGCAGACAGAUGCAUUAUGUCAAAAGCCACAAGACGGGUGGAUAUACAAGAGAUGCUGGAAAGGAGGGAAACAGAGAGGGAAUAAACAUCAAAUUUAAUUCUCAAGCUCAUAUUUGUGCUGCAUUCAUCAAAGGAGAUUGCACACAUGGCCAUCACUGUGACAACCAUCACUGCCCCCUAGCCUAUCAUUGGCAGUUCAGAGCCCCCCUUGAAGGCUGGAAAAGCCUGUCUGCUCAUGACAAUGACAUCUUAGAGAAACUAUAUUGUGAUGUAUCAAAUGAUGUUGUCACAACUAGUGACAUUUCACCAGAUCUAUCUUCUUCUGUAUCUUUUAUGAGACACCGUCAAUCAUCAAGCUCGGAUGAAAGUCAUGUCCGCAUAGAGUUUGAGGAUAUGCGUAUUGAGAUCAAUCGAUAUCGCACAGACAUCAGACGCCUGUCAACACCGUCCUAUGCCAAGAAGAAAGGGGCGGAGCCUUUGAGUACCCGCUGGGUCUGGUAUCGAGCUGGUGCCAAAGAUGGAUGUUGGGAGAAGUAUGGUCAGGAUGUUGGCGUAAAACAGGAGCGCCUUGAGUCUGCUUUUUGCCGUCGCGAAAGCUCGUACAACUUCAAGUCCCCCGAAGGAGAUACGAUCCGCAUCUACUUCUGCAUGAAGCCAAUGUACGAACGAAACAUGAGCCCGCGGCAAUCUGGUCAGCGGAGAACCGUGAGGCGCAGGCCUGAGUACCGGCCGUCAUUUUAAAUGAUCAGUAUGGGUGGAUUUGAUCACUGAGAGAAUAAUGUGAAAACUGUCGAAAUGCAUGCUCUGUAAAUAUUUUCAGAGUAAGUGAAAGGUUUUUCUUAGAAUGUAAAAGAAACACGCAACGCAACCCAGUGAGAACUGUUAACCACAAGGGAAAUCUGCAAGUGUGCUCUCUCUGCCUCGUACCCAGGCAAGCCCAGUAAACGGUAAACGAGCGACGAGAGAAACCUGAACGUAGUUAAGCGCAAAGGGUCACGGGAAAGAAUAGAAGAGUCGUCUUUCUGAAAGGGGACUUAAGAUCACGUGAACUUUUGGGUGGAAAAUUCAAGCCAAAAUAAACAUAGAAAUGAUUGCGCCCGUCACGCCAGAGAACGACGAAAAAAACCUUUUAAAUGAUAACAAAACCUUUGUGAAAAAAAAAACUUUCUGGUUUUAUUCGUAUGCACUAAA